AUGCCGCCGAGCAGUAGGAAAAAGAAGAAGCCCGCCUCUAACCCGGCUCGUGGCUUUGCAACGGUCUCUACGCCCUCAAAGCCUAAACCAGAGGCAGCACCGACACCUUCUACAGCCCCUGAAACAUCGAAAGUCACGCCGGAAAACGAACCACAGCCCCAACGCACCGCAGAGCCCACCGCGGACGCCGCCGCACCACAGGCGACCUCAUCUUUGCAAGACUACACACCGGAGGAACUAGAGAAACAUCUUGAAGAGGCAGAACUUCAAAUUCUGGUUGAUAAGUAUGCUACAAAGUGCAAGAAUGACGCAACGCGACAGGCCGUCAAAUUGGAUACUGAACGCCGUGUUUUCCGACAGCAAUCGGUGACAUUGAGCCUAUUGGAGUGGCUACCCACAGAUAUUCAAGACAAGAUCCUCGAACUAGCCAGUACUGAGGAGCAUGAAUAUCUUACGGCAGGUGGACGAACCACAAGUUCAAAACAAGCUGGCUCCGAGGAGGAGCUAUACAGCAAGCUUUGGAUCCUGAAAGAAACCUUGGCCAAACUCGACUUCCCAGCGAAUCGUAUUGAGGAUGCACUGAAGCAUGUUCUGCACUAUUUUUCUGCCAACUCAACCAGUGCUGGUCGGGAUGUUGUGUGGAACCUUGAUGAAGCCCUGGAAUGGCUAGCUACGCACAGUGAUAAGAAUGAGUUGCCUUCUUAUACGCAGACAAACACUCGUCAACUGAAAGACACGGAUAAUGUCACCUCAUGGAUGACAGAAUCAAAGCCUUCGGGGUCUUCAACUCCUGUUUCAUCCCAAAAUCAGACCAAGGGAAGCAAGAAACCAGAUUGGAAAGCAUCAAAGGUUGCUCCUCCUCCUCUUGUCUCCUACGACUCGGACAGCUCAGUCGACCCAGAUGUCAUGGUUCCGGAAUGGCUGGAGCUGCAAACUCAGCUUUACAGCCUAGAGCCAGAUCUCUUCGAUCGCCCUGGAAAAGGAAAGAAAGGCCGCGGAGGCGCUCCCAACCUGUCUGAAAAUCCUGAAUCCUCAAAAUUGCAGCGUAAGAUUGCUAAAAUCGAACGCGAUGUCCUUUUCGAACGUCGAGAAGCAGAGUAUCUAUGGGAGCAAAAGCUCGACGAGCUUAGAAAGGAUGCCACAUUCAUUCGGCGGCCGGUUGACAGAAAGAAGAAGGCCGCAACCGCUGUAGAAGAACAGCCAAUGGCCGAAACCAGCGAAGAGAUAGACCCGAGUCUUCUUGAGAUCGAGGGAAUGGGCGAUGCUCUGGGUGACAUGUUCCAAGCCGAGCCCGAGGACUCAGGCUCUAUCUUAGGUCUCCCUGCCCCAGAGAUCAAAACACCAAUCACACUCCGAGACUUUGGAAAGUCAACAGGGUUGACCCCUCGGCGGGUUUUGGAAGAGACUUGUAAAUCAAGGGACUCGUCUUGUGUGGUUGUUUACCAAGAUUUUUCUACUUCAAGCUAUUCAAAUAGAAAGGCUCUCGAAGUGCGAUGGUCGAAACCUCAGGAGGCCCCGUUCUCACUCGCGGUGGACUCGAUUACACACAAGUCGAAUGCCUUGGCUACUUUUGUGUCAAUGGAUGCCCUUGCAACACCGAACGCCCAGCAGGCUGAAGGUUACGUGUCAACUCUAGCUCUGUUCAUCUUGUUUCCUCAGAAUUCUAAGGAGGGCAAAGCAUACCUGCGGCUGCCGGCCGUUUGGAGAGAUCUCUGGACUGAGUUUGCAGCCUUGCAGAAAACACAGCAGGAUGAAAUCGACAAAAAUACGAUUAAGGAGCUCAAACGUCUUGUCCAAGAAAACCAAGGCACUUUCGAAGACGACAUCGUUCUCUCUGACAACUUCCGGAAGAGAAACGGCAUCGGCAGCAAGCCUGGUACUCCGAUGAAGGGAUCCGCGCGUGACAAUUACUCGGGUAUUGAUGACCGUUUGCGGGAAACAUGGAUGGCGAAGUCAUCGACGCCCUCGUUCCAGCGCAUGAUGCAAGGCAGAAUGAACCUCCCAAUUUGGGCCUUCAAAGAUGAAAUCCUGAGCACGCUCGAUGCUCACCGAGUUCUCAUCAUUUGCAGUGAAACUGGAAGCGGAAAGAGUACUCAAAUCCCGUCCUUCAUCCUGGAGCAUGAGAUGAUUCAAGGCCGACCCUGCAAGGUUUAUGUGACCGAGCCUCGCCGUAUCUCCGCAAUCUCACUUGCUCGACGUGUUAGCGAGGAGCUUGGAGAGAGCAAGAACGACGUGGGUACUAAUAGAUCCCUUAUUGGAUUUGCAGUGCGGUUGGAAAGCAAGUUCACUCAAUCAACCCCAUUGAUCUAUGCAACCACGGGAGUGGUUGUACGGAUGCUCGAGCGACCCGAUGAUUUCCAAGACGUCACUCAUGUGGUUCUUGACGAAGUCCAUGAGCGCACGAUUGACAGUGACUUCCUUCUGAUUGUACUUCGACGAUUGAUGCAAAAGCGCCCUGACCUGAAACUCAUCCUCAUGUCUGCCACUCUUGAAGCCCAGCGUUUCUCGAAUUACCUUGGUGGAGUGCCGGUUUUGAACAUCCCAGGAAGAACCUUCCCCGUGGAAAUGAAGUACCUGGAGGAUGCAGUAGAGAUGACCAACUACCGUUUGUCAGAGGAUGCCCAGCACACAGUUCUCGACGAUGAUAUGGAUGACCCGCCCACGGAUGCUGACACGACAGGAGGCCUCCAAGCUAGCCUCGAUGGGUACUCCAGGCAAACCAAGGAAACAGUCAUCAACAUCGACGAGUACAGACUUGAUUAUGAGCUGAUCAAGAGGUUGCUGAUCAAAAUUGCCACGGCCCCGGAAAUGGCUCACUACAGUAAGGCCAUCUUGGUGUUCAUGCCUGGUCUGGCGGAAAUCCGUCGCCUGAACGAUGAAAUCUUGUCCGAGCCAAUGUUCCAAAGAGGAUGGAUUGUGCACACGCUUCAUUCUUCCAUUGCCAGCGAAGACCAAGAAAAGGCAUUCAACGUACCACCCGAAGGUACAAGGAAGAUUGUCAUUGCCACGAACAUUGCCGAAACAGGUAUCACCAUCCCAGAUAUCACAGCUGUGGUCGACGCAGGAAAGGAGAAGAUAAUGCGAUUCGAUGAGAGACGUCAGUUAUCUCGCCUGGUUGAGUCGUUCAUUUCGCGUGCAAAUGCUAAACAGCGUCGCGGUCGUGCUGGCCGUGUCCAAAAUGGUAUCUGCUUCCAUCUUUUCACAAAACACCGGCAUGAAAAGUUACUUUCUGAACAGCAAACCCCUGAAUUGCUGCGACUUUCUUUGCAGGAUCUGGUGCUUCGAGUGAAGAUCUGCAAAUUGGGAGAAGUCGAGCAGACACUUCUUGAAGCCCUUGACCCACCAUCAUCUAAGAAUAUUCGUCGUGCCAUUGAUUCACUGAAGGAAGUCAAAGCUCUGACAAGUAACGAGACCUUGACCUCUCUUGGAACACAACUGGCAAAGUUGCCACUCGAUGUCUUCCUCGGCAAAAUGAUCAUCCAUGGAGCCUUCUUCCGGUGCUUGGACGCAACUGUCAGUAUCGCUGCAAUUCUUUCGUCCAAAUCGCCAUUCGUGAACACAAUGGGGUCCAAUGCUCAACGUGACGGUGCACGAGCGUCUUUCCGAAGAGGUGACUCGGAUCUCUUGACUGUAUACAAUGCCUAUUGCAGUUGGAGACGCAUGAGAAGCACGCCGGGGUCCAACGAGUAUGCAUUCUGCCGAAAGAACUGUCUCAGCCCGCAGACCUUGCUCGCGAUCGAAGAUGUCAAGAUGCAAUUAGUAGUGUCAAUCAUCGAUGCAGGCCUUCUUACCCUAGAUGCGACCCAGAAAGCCGCUCUCAACCGUGCGCGCUCCAACAGCCGAAACAGACAAUUCUUCAUCAUCCCCGAAGAUUUCGAUAUCAACAGCAACAACGACGUUGUCAUCAACUCGGUCAUCGCUUGGAGCUUCUACCCAAAGCUCCUGACUCGCGAGGGCAAGGGCUGGCGUAACGUCGGCAACAACCAGACAGUCACUCUUCCCGCCGUUUCCAUCAACAAGAGGGCGGAAUCGUCGGUCAAGUGGCUAUCAUACUACAGCAUCAUGGCGCGUGCUCGCCACCUUAGUGCGCACGAUACCAGCGCAGUAGACGAGUUCGCCAUAGCUCUGCUGUGUGGUGAUGCUGAAUUCAAGUUGUACUCGGGUGUCGUCUCCAUCGAUGCAAACCGUAUUCGAUUCGCCGUGCGGGAUUGGAAGUCCAUGCUCGCUCUGAAGAUCCUCAACAGCCGCCUGCGCGAAAUUCUCUCGAACACGUUCCGCAACCCCCACCGCCCAUUGUCAUAUAAGCACCAACAGUGGAUUGAUAUCUGGCAACAGAUCUUUGCUCAAGCUGGUAAGCGAUGA